GCCAGCAUCGCCUUUUCCAUAUUUCGCCGAUCGGCGAUCAUCACCAUUAGCAGCGGCCAACACUCUCCUCCGCUUCUCUUCCUCCCCGCCACAGCAGCCACCUCCUCGUAACUCUCUGCAGAUAGAAUCAUCCAAACUUUCCUAGUCUGCAACCGCUGCAAGCAGCGAAGGGAAGAGACUAGAGCAGGAACAGAGCAACCGAAGAGAGUAGAACUCAAGGAGAAGUCUCAGUGAGCAGGCGGCCGCCAAUCGGAGAACGAAGUGAAAGAGUGCGACCUGAACCAGAAAGGGAUUUUAAGUCUUUGAGUGCCUGCACGCUCUCUAUGCCUGUAAACAUGAUGAUGGUGACUAGACCGACAAUUUUCUUCAAAACUGUUAUUAAUUGUUACCCCCGUCUUUUACUUUUUUCCUCAAUUCACUCAACCACAUCAGCUGAGUCUAUUGAACAGACUAUUAAAGAUGCAGUUGAGGCCAAAACCUAUCAAAACAUCCCUGACCUUUUGAUUUCUCUAAAAGAAACUUGUGGUAACCGAAAUCCUUUUUCAUUUCUAUCCACAUUUCCUCAGAAUAUGAGAAUCCAAAUCAUUGAUGAAAUGUUACAAUCUUUUAUACCUGUUAGACCUCGAUCCCGCCCCCAGCUUACCUAUAACCAUCUUCUUUUAUAUACCCUCCAAAGUCCACAUCCUCUUCCCCUAGCUCUUGCCAUCCUCCAGCGCAUGAUUCAUUCUGGUUGUCUUCCUAUUCCCCAAGCACACCUACUUCUCUCUUCUGCAUGGCUUGACCACCGCCACCAAUCUCAGUCAGUUUCUGGUAUCCUCCUGGAGAUGCAGAAGAUUGGAUAUUAUCCUGACUCUGGCACGUGCAAUUACAUAAUAUCAUCUCUGUGUGCUAUUGAUCAGUUGGAUGAGGCAGUUAAAGUCUUGAUGAGUAUGAGUAGCAUAGGUUGUAUUCCUAACUUCGAGAGUUAUGGUGCUGUAAUUAGCACAAUGUGCACAGUUAGGAGGACUGGUGAUUCAGUGGAGUUGAUGAAACAAAUGGUGGAGAAAGCUGGAUUGACACCAAGGCAGGGAACGGUGGUGAAAGUGACCGCAGCUCUGCGAGCAAAUAGAGAGAUAUGGAAAGCUGUUGAGAUGAUUGAGUUCUUGGAGAGGAAUGGUUACACUGUUGGGUUUGAAAGCUAUGAGUUAGUGGUUGAGGGGUGCUUAGAGUGUCGUGAGUACCUUCUGGCAGGCAAGGUGGUGAUGGCAAUGACAGAGAAAGGGUUUAUACCAUAUAUCAGAGUUAGGCAAAAGGUUAUUGAGGGUUUGGCUGGUGUUGGUGAGUGGACUCUUGCUUGCGCUGUGAGGCAAAGAUUAGUAGAACUGGGUUCUUAGCUGUUCUCAUUUCAUUUAAAUGUGAGCUGCAUAAUUUACUGCAGUUGAGGAGAUAUAUUCAGUAACUGUUCCUGGUGACAUCUAGAUUGAGGGAGAAAAUUCUACGACUGAAAACCAAUCUUUUGUAACUGGUUCUUCUCUCAGAUUUCUUCAUACGGUAGUGCAAUCAGACUGAUAAUCUGCUGCCUGUGCUGUUAAGCUGGACAACUUAGUGUUGCCUACCGUAAGAUUAUCUCACACAUUAUAUGUGAAAUUGGAAGCAAAGACAAUGUGAAUUUUGAAUUUUUUUUUUUGUUGGAAACAUCCUAAUUAUGUUACCUUGUCAGCACAAACAUUUGUGUGGUGCCAAUGCUUGUUUUCAGGAAAAUUCAUGUUACUAUUUGCAAUUUUGGAAAUGCAUGAUUUAAAUUGUUUCAUGAAUUAGUUCUAGUCUCGCCAUUGCAUGUGCAAUACUUGACAGUACCAUAUGUAUGUUGAAGUUAUCACUGCCACUCGGUCAAAAUUGGUCAUUGGUAUCUAAUCUAGGUUUCUAAACCCAUUAGUCCUUUUGGCAGCCAGCAUUAGAAC